GUCACUUUGGUCGACCGUGAGACGGCUUGCCCCGCUGGCUUUUUGCUUGUCCUCCUGCUGCCCAUACGCCUCCAGCUUUUCCUGCUUCUGCUGUUCGCCUUGUGCUUGCCGGCAGCCGCUUCCCUGGGAGCAGCUGCUUGACUCUCAGGCUCUGACACAAGCCAGAUGGCUGCGAUUGAUAGGCGCACAGGCUCCCUGGUACUACAGUUGAUGAAACAGAAUAGGAAGACGUUUUACGAUCAGCUGCGGGAGCACAAUAAGACUGCAGCUUUGCUAGGGUCAUGUAAGGAUAAAAAGACCUAUAAAGUGGUCUUCUCCCAACAAGAUUUGAAGAAACGACUGACACCUUUGCAGUACCAUGUUACUCAGGAAAAAGGGACUGAAAGUGCCUUUGAGGGAGAAUACACAUAUCACAAAGCUCAUGGAGUAUACAAAUGUGUGGUUUGUGGAACCCCUUUGUUCAAGGGAUGUCUUAUUUUCGGGGAAACAGGAUCAGAGACAAAGUUUGACUCCGGUUCAGGCUGGCCUUCAUUCUACGAUGUGAUGGCUUCUGACACAAUUACAUUCACUGAUGACUACUCCUUCGGGAUGCACAGAGUUGAGACAAGCUGCAGUCAGUGUGGCUCUCAUCUUGGGCAUAUAUUUGAUGACGGGCCUCGUCCAACUGGUAAACGAUAUUGCAUAAACUCAGCUUCACUGUCUUUUCAGUCUGCUGACACGAACCAGCCUGGAGAAGGAAACAUUAGCUCUACUCCUGUCCAAGUAGAUAAGACCAAGCUGUAGAAGGAAGUAAUUCCUUAGAAAGCUCAUGUUACUAGAUGAAGAAUGUUAUUUUCAAUCACCUUCUAUACCACAUUUUUUUUAUUUUGAAGAUCUUCUGUACUACUGUCAUAUUUUCCUGAAUCAAAAUGGGGGCCUUGUGUGCCAAUAUACUUUUAUUAUAUUAUUGCGUCUAAAUAAUUGUGAAUUCCUGAUCUUCAGAAGAAUCCCACAAGAAAAGAGACUUGGACAUUAUGGAAUUCUGCUUGCCUACUGCGUUGUUACUGAAGGUUCAAACAAUAUCUGUUUUUGUGAUUGAGAAGAAAUUGCAGUUUCUCAGAGUCAAUGCAAUGUCAAUGCAGACUGCAGUACAAACAGCAUUCUGAUAUUUUUUGUGUGAUUGAUUCUGAUUUACAUGGCUAUGGACAUGAAUAGUCAAUUAUUUGUUUGAAAACAACCACAUUCUUUAGUGAUGGAUUAUAUCCAUUCCAUCUGCGCUAGCAGAUUUUUAUCUUUUUUGUGAGUCUUUGCUUUUCCAAUAUAGAAGAUUAAAUUAAAAGUCACAAUUUAAAUCGAUAUGAAUAGAGGGAACAGUAGGUUGAUCUUUGUAGAGCCCAAUCUUCCAGAACAAAUAGGGCAGCCACUAGUGAGGCAUUUGUUUAACUGUGCCCCUAGUAAGGGUCAUGAAAAAAAUAAACAAUAUUCAGAACAGCCAAAGAUGAUUAGCAGGAUAAUCUGAAUUAGCUUUGUGGGAGGGGUGGGUCAUGACACAUGGCAUGCAGUAAAAAACUGAUGUGAUAUAUAAUAUUUCUGAUUCCUAAAACCGCACUUCCCAGUUUAUCCUGGGAAAGUUAGUACCUCAUGAGAGAACUACUCAACUUCCCACAAUUAGAAGAGAUUCUGGUUUCCUUUCUUUCAAGCUAUGGCCAGUGUGCCAUUUGAAGCAUCCAGCUGCUAUCCCUGUUUAUAUACAAGUCUAUGACACAGACAGCAGUGAGCUUCUUGAAAGAUAAUCAUUUAUCCUCUCCUUUGUUACUAUUUGAGCAUCUAUGUUUGCACAGUCGUCUUCUGAUACGCUUUAUUUAUUCAAAAGCGAUAUGCACAGACAGAAUUGAGCAAGUUUGAAUUCAAAACUUAUGCACAUUGUAGCUGGAUGAGAAAUGAGAUGAAAACAGUUCCCAAGAAAAUAACUGUUUUUUGUGCUGAAAGAUGCCUUUUGCACUGCAGUGCCAUUGGUACAAUUGCUCUGAGCAUUUGUCUUUAAGUGGUGUUAUAAUUAGCAUUGUUUUCUAAAAUGUCGCACUACACUACCAUUUAAUACCAUUUUGCUAAGGAUACUACCUUAAAUAGAGCAAAAAGUUUGAUAAGCCUCACUACGCAAAGGAUGAAAACUGUGUGGUGAAAAUUAACAUAUACUUGAAUAAUAGAUAGAUGUAGAUCUUCAGAAUGUAAUGUAAUACAACAGAGAACAAGUACUGCUGUGAGCAUUGCUGUUCUUUUAUGCAGUUUAUUUCCAGUUAGUGAAGUCCUUAUUGUAUAACAGUACAGCAAUUUCUACAUGUUAUGUCACUCUUGGUUUUAUUUUUCAUAGAAGGGCUGUUGUUGUUUCUUGCCUUUGUUAGAAGAGAAGUUUUUCCUAACACAUUAUCUUGACAUAAAUCUCUGAAGAUUCAGCAUCAGUACCAAUGUAGAGGCACACUAUGCAGUUUAUUUUUCAAAUGGCCAGUGUAGUUGUGGGUUAUCAAGUUUCAGCAUGUUUCUGCCUUGCAUUAAAGAAAUGUAUUUUGAAAACUUCAAUAAGCUGUGCAUUGGGAGAUUCAUAUUUGCAACAUUGGAAUGUAGAUAAGUUAGUCAAUCUGCCUAGGUCAGUGAUGGCGAACCUUUUCGAGACCGAGUGCCCAGACUGCAACUCAAAACCCAUCGCAAAGUGCCAAUACGGCAAUUUAACCUGAAUACUGAGGUUCU